UGAGCAGAAGAUCGAUAGUGCUUCAACGAGGUGGCACAAACUCCCUCCUGUGUACCUAUAUUUCGAUUUAUGUGAAGCUGCUUUUGCAAGGUCGUCAGCUGUUGCGGUGUCAUCCAAUCGAGAGCGUUUUCGUCAUUACAGUGACAGUAUAACCUCCCGAUUGGAUGACACUGAUUACCGUCAAGUGCAGUAAUGUUUAAAUCCCAGACUGUAUAUGACAGAGAGUAUGCAAUAUGGGAACACUUUGAUCAUAAGAGUUCAGUAAAGAUUUGGGUGUGAUAAAUAAUUUAGAAUUAAAUAUGGUGAUGUCUCCACGCCAGUUUUCCCAAAAUUGGUGGAGAGAAGUUCUGAAAAAAGUUAAAAAAUCUCUUGUUUUUAUUGAUGAUGAAGCAGCUGAAUGUCUUCACUGGAAUGGAGGUUUAUUUGAACUUAUUUCAGCUGGUGCUAUGAAUGUUAAACAGUUUUCCUCGUUUGAA